UUGUUUCCGCUCCCGACCGCUGCCCUCUGCUUCACCCGUCGGGCCUCGCACUCGCUCGAGGCACCUGCUGGAGAACGGGCCCGGGACCGAAAGCUGGGAGGCUUCCGCUGGAGCUCCGCAUUCGUCGCGCGUUACACACACACUCACAUACGCGCGAGGGGACUGGCACUUGUGAGCUGACGCACGUUCUUAGCAUGGGUAUAAAAAUUGGAAGUGGUGCAUUAGUAUGUGAAGAGGCAAUAUUAAAAGGAGAUAUAACAAUCGGUUCACAUACUGUCGUCCAUCCACGGGCAAGUAUUAUAGCUGAAGCAGGCCCAAUAAUCAUAGGAGAAGGCAAUAUAAUUGAAGAAAUGUCAACUAUAAUUAACAGGAUAUCACCGGAUGAUACUGGUACACCUGUUCAAAUUAUUGGAAACUACAAUGUAUUUGAAGUAGAUAGCACAUGCGAAGCAUCUAAAGUUGGUGAUAAUAAUGUUUUAGAAUGUAAAGCCUAUGUAAGUAAGCAAGUAGAAUUAACAAACGGAUGCGUAAUUGGAGCAAGUUGUUCUUUAAGAGACGAAGAGGUUGUCCCUGAAAAUACAAUAAUAUAUGGUAGCCAAUGUCAUCGUAGAGAAAUGAAUGAUAAGCCAUAUCCUCAACUGGGACAACUAGAAUAUCUUAUGAAAAUGUUACUGGGCUAUCAUCAUAUUUAUAAGCCUAAUAUGCCACCUCCUAAAACCGAAUCAUCUACAUAAAAUAUAUUAUCUAUAUAUAUUUAAUAUUUAACUUAUUAUAUA